UUGCCGGGCGGUGAAACGCGGCAGAAGGCUAAAUGGCCGUCUCUCGCUCACUGGCCGCACCAUGAUUCGCGCUAUCGUUCCGAUUCGGUCGCGCCGAAUGGGGGAAACCCGCUUGGCAUCGCCCCAGGCCAAAGCCCGAAGCCCAAACGGGAAGAGCUCAGCCGAUCCCAGGUGCCCUCCUGCGUCCUGUCACAUGAUGUCACAUGACGAACCUUCCGGCUGACAUAAUGCAGCUCUCCGGCACCUGCCGCGGGACUCCCCGAUAUGCCGGAAAAACGUAUCGACGCUCCGACGCGUUUUUUGGCCCUGCAAGCCAUGCCAUAGCGAAAGCUGCAAGGCACCAGUAGCUUUGAUACCCACGACCAAACACCCCUCCUUUGCUUUGAUUUCGUUCCUACUGGCCCCAGAAAUAAUCAAGGAACAACCUCACACACGCCGUCAAGAUGCAGGCGCCCGUAGUGGUUAUGAACACCCAGACGCCCGGUGGGGAACGCCAGUUUGGACGUAAAGCACAACUCUCCAACAUCACGGCGGCCAAGACCGUGGCCGACAUCAUCCGGUCAUGUCUGGGUCCCAAGGCCAUGCUCAAGAUGCUGCUCGACCCCAUGGGCGGUAUCGUCCUCACCAAUGACGGCCAUGCUAUUCUUCGCGAGAUUGAAGUAGCGCACCCCGCCGCAAAGAGCAUGAUCGAGCUCAGUCGCACUCAAGACGAGGAAGUGGGCGACGGCACAACCAGCGUCAUUAUAUUAGCUGGAGAAAUGCUCGCACAAUCCCUUCCCCAACUCGAGCGCAAUAUCCAUCCCGUAGUCAUUAUCCAGGCCUUCAAGCGUGCUCUUACCGAUGCCCUCCAAAUUAUUGACGAGAUCGCUGUGGAUGUGGAUACCAACAACGACGACGCCAUGUACAAGCUCAUCAAUGCGUCAAUCGGCACAAAAUUCGUUUCGCGGUGGUCCGAACUAAUGUGCAGUCUUGCCCUCAAGGCUGUGCGCACCGUUUCAAUGGACGCUGGUGGCGACAAGAGGGAGGUUGAUAUCAAGCGAUAUGCUCGCGUCGAGAAGAUUCCUGGCGGUGAGAUCGAGGACAGUGAGGUGCUGGACGGAGUCAUGCUCAACAAGGACAUUACACAUCCCAAGAUGAGGCGGCGGAUAGAAAACCCGAGGGUGUUGCUUCUUGAUUGCCCGCUCGAGUACAAGAAGGGUGAAAGUCAAACAAACAUUGAGAUCAGCAAAGAAGAAGACUGGAACCGUAUACUGCAAAUCGAAGAAGAGCAGGUCAAGGCCAUGUGCGAUGCCAUUAUUGCUUUGAAGCCAGACCUUAUCAUCACUGAGAAGGGCGUUAGUGACCUCGCACAGCACUUUUUCGUCAAGGCAAAUAUGACUGCCAUCCGCCGAGUACGCAAAACCGACAAUAACCGUAUCGCUCGUGCGACAGGUGCCACAAUUGUCAACUCCGUUUUCUCCGCCUCCGCUUCCGAUAUUGGCACUCAGUGCGGCCUCUUCGAAAUUUCCAAGAUUGGUGAUGAGUACUUCACUUUCCUCACCAAAUGCAAGGACCCCAAGGCUUGCACAAUCCUACUCCGCGGUCCUUCCAAAGAUAUCCUGAAUGAAAUCGAGCGCAACCUCCACGAUGCCAUGGGUGUCGCCCGAAAUGUCAUCUGGAACCCUAAGCUCUGCCCUGGCGGUGGCGCCACCGAGAUGGCGAUCGCAGUCGGUCUCGAGAGGAGAGCCAAGCAGGUAGAGGGUGUCGCCCAAUGGCCGUACAAAGCCGUUGCGGAAGCCAUGGAAGUCAUCCCGCGCACGUUGAUCCAGAACUCAGGCAACAGCCCGAUCAAGGUCCUAACACAACUCCGCGCAAAACACGCUGAAGGCUAUGAUGACGGAAAGCAGAGCGGCAGCUCGUGGGGUAUCGACGGAGACGCUGGAAAGGUAGUCGAUAUGAAGCAGUACGGCGUGUGGGAACCGCUGGCGGUCAAGGAGCAGAGUGUAAAGACAGCCGUCGAGAGCGCGUGUCUGCUGUUGAGGGUCGAUGAUAUUGUCGCUGCGAAGGCGGCGAAACAGGGCGGCGGCCCCAUCGGCGGUGGUGACGAUUAGACAUAGGUUCCACGUACUUCGUGUAUAUGUCGCAGUCCCAUGGUUGAAAGACUUGUGGGAAUCUCACACUGCUUGCCACUUCCCUGCGCCAUGUCACGUUCUCGCCAUACCAAUAAAAAAGAUUAAUGAUUGCCACUCCAAUGAAUACCGAAUUACCGUGGUGCAACUGUCAAUGUCUGAUUACAUCUGAUCUAAUCAAACUCUCAUUCACUGAACAGGAUACAGACCUAUAUCUUCACCCUCCCAUAUCAAGUAAACAGGCAUGCACUCAAACCCUUCACCGCAGCUCCAUAUUGCAGUAUGCGACUGUUGCCAACAUGAAUUAAAACCAGCUAUUUUGCUCCAGACCGACGA